GAGAAGCCCUGCGGCGUGGAGGAGUGGACGGUCGUGGAGGUGCCCUGGGAGUGUGCAGCAUGUUGUUAUGUGUAUUGUCUCGUUGAUUGUUGCUCUCGACACGGGGGCCACCGCGGUCCACGCUCAUCGACUUGGUGCCGUGGUCAUUCGGGCAGAUGUUGUUGUUUUUUUGGGGGGGGGCGAAGCCACCCGUCACCGCGGCUUCAUCCAGCUCGAAGGUUGGUCGGAAAUAUGUCCGCCAGACAUAUCGGGCUCCGUGCUGACCAGGGGAACAAAGGGGAGUUUGAAAGGGGGUGGCGCAUGGAUCUUUCGAUCAGAUGCUCGAGGACAUGUCAUCGCCGAAAUAGUCUGGUUGUGCCAGUGUUCGGGGCGACUGAUGAAUCGUGA